UUGCCUCCAUCACCUGGAACCUUAGUGUCUCUGUCACACUCCUAUCGGACAGCUAAACACGUCACACUCGCCACUUCCGGCGCUUGUUUGGCUGGCGUUUUGAAAUGAGAUUGCUGCUAUGUAAAGCAUACUUUUGAUGCUUAAAUGGCAGGUCUAUUAAAUGCGAAUACACGCUGUGGAACGAGAAGAGUCCAAUAGAGUGUACCACGGGAUCAACUUCACUGUACUAUGUUCAAAAAGAUGACUGAAUUUGGUCCAGAUUCCGGGGGGCGAGUUAAGGGAGUGACGAUUGUGAAGCCCAUUGUGUUUGGGAACGUUGCCCGCUACUUUGGGAAGAAGAGAGAGGAGGAUGGACACACUCAUCAGUGGUCUGUCUAUGUGAAGCCUUACAGAAAUGAGGACAUGUCAGCUUAUGUGAAGAAGAUCCAGUUCAAGCUACAUGAGAGCUAUGGUAACCCACUGAGAGUGGUGACAAAGCCUCCAUAUGAGAUCACAGAGACGGGCUGGGGCGAGUUCGAGAUCAUCAUCAAGAUCUUCUUCAUUGACCCCAACGAGAGACCCGUGACUCUGUACCAUCUCCUGAAGCUGUUCCAGUCAGACUCCAGUGCCAUGCCUAAGAAGACAGUUGUCUCUGAAUUCUAUGAUGAAAUGAUCUUCCAAGAUCCCACAGCCAUGAUGCAGCAGCUACUGACCACAUCAAGACAACUCACCCUGGGAGCAUACAAGCACGAGACAGAGUUCGGUGAGCUGGAGCAGAGGACCAAGGAGAAAAUGGAAGCAGCAAAGAAGAGAACCAGCCAGGAGAUCGCAGAGCUGAAAGACAAACUAAAAGCCAGCAGAGAAAACAUCAACCACCUGAAGGCAGAGAUCAGGAAACUGGAGGAGGAUGGAGACCACAAAGAGCACUGACAAAUGGACAAACAAAACACACAUGAGCACGAUCAUUCGGCAGGGCUCCUGACUUUAUCCCUGAUUUGAAAGAAACAACUGCGUUGUCGUGAUCUGUUUUUGUGGUGAAUGGUAAUGGUAGAGUUCCUGUCAUUUUAUGAUUUGUUUAUGCUUUUUUUACCAAACAUCACGGUGUAUUGAAACCAGGCUUAUCCUUGACAAUGACCCCCCUUAAGAAUUCAACGUGAAUAGCACAUUCAUUGUUGUUUUUUACUGUUUCUGUCGUUUUCUAUGUAAAGUAAAUGUGUUCAUAGUA